CGUGAACUUUGACCUUAGCAUCAAAUUAAAGAGCAAAGUUCGUCAGGUUGCAGGAGUGUCUGCUAUCAAGGGAGGUAACUGUUCUUCCAAGACAAUCUUCCCAUCUGUUUACACAUUUCAAGAUGUCUGGAGAAAGUACAAGUGAUAAUAAAGAUGAAGCAAAUGCCGAAAAGAACACGGGAAAUGUUGAUGGGCCACAUCCUGGCAGUACAAGCUUUUGGCUUCGUAACCUGUUUGAAAACUUGAGCCUCAGUGCUACUGAACAAGUCUUGGGUGAGCCAUCUAUUGAAGGCGUAGCUCAAUAUAUUAAGAGUGAUAAAUGUAAAAAUAUCAUAACAAUGGCUGGUGCUGGAUUAUCAACAUCUGCUGGAAUACCAGACUUUCGAAGUCCAGUGUCAGGUUUAUAUGAUAAUUUAGAAAAAUACAAUCUUCCCCAUCCACAAGCAAUUUUCGAAAUCAAUUUUUUUAGGGAAUGUCCUGAACCGUUCUUCAAGCUUGUUAAAAAUAUGUGGCCUUCUGAUUUGAAGCCAACCCCUUCACACUAUUUUCUGAAACUACUUGAUGAAAAAGGCUUGCUUCUUCGUCAUUUUACUCAGAAUAUUGAUGGAUUAGAGAGAAUGGCUGGGAUUGAUUCUGAAAAAAUUGUUGAAGGACACGGAACUUUCCAGACAAGUCAUUGCAUAAAUUGCAAGGCUGAAUAUGACCUAGAAUGGAUUAAAGAAAUAAUUUUCAAAGAUGAAAUUCCACACUGCACAGAAUGCAAAGGAUUAGUCAAACCAGAUAUUGUAUUUUUUGGAGAACAUUUGCCACAGAAAUUCUUUGCAGUUCAAAAGGACUUCAAGAAUUGUGAUUUACUGAUUAUUCUUGGAACAUCCCUUACAGUUAUGCCAUUUGCUGCUCUUGUUUCAAUGGUUCCUAACUCUACCCCACGAUUAUAUAUCAAUCUGACGAAAGAUAAUGAAUCUAUUUUUAAUGAAUAUUCCAAUUCCCAAGACGAAAAUAAUUUCCGUGAUGUGUUUUGGCAAGGCACCUGUGAUGAUGGAUGCGAAAAGCUGGCUGAAUUGUUAGAUUAUCAAAAAGAAUUGAAAGAAAUAAUUACAAAAGAAUGGAAAAUUCUGGACGAGUCCAAAACCACAGCCAAACAUGAAGCCACAGAUUAAUUGCUGUAACAUCAAUUGGCCAAAUAUGGAAAAAACAUUCUCCAAUAAUUUGAUUACACUUGACUUGCUAUAUAAACAACAGCUCUAGUCUUUUCUAUUAUUUUAAGUAGAUCUGGAUUACAUAUUUGUAUGGUAUAUUUUUAUCACUUAAAACGUAUUACAUCAUACUCAUAGAAUUAUCCCAAUGAUUUAUUUUUAGCUUUUUCGUUUUGUAUACAAUAUCUAGGAAUAAUAAAUUGAAUUUACAAAA